AUGCCAGACAAAAGAAUCCAAGAUCAAAACAAUACUCCACGAGCACCCGCAGCCGAUCAGGUUUCAAGUGCGGCACCACAAGGAGAUAAUGAACCUACCAAAAAACGACGACGUCGAAUCCUCUCCUGCGACGCUUGCCGAAGACUCAAGACAAGAUGUGAAAUCGAAUAUGGCUCAGAUACUUGCUCAAGAUGUCGCAAUCUGAGGAUUACCUGCCUGAAAAGCGAUGAUCUAGAGAAGCCGAAUGGGCCCAGCGAGAUGAAUGCAAAUACACAGUCAGAUCUCGUAAAAAGUCUCCACCAAAAGGUUUUGAAUCUCGAGAGCUCAAUACAAGACAUGAAACUGCAAUUAGCGGAUCUUCAGCCUCAGUCUCAAAGAGAACAGGCACAGCCACAGAUAGAACAGCACAACAUCUCACCUGCAAUAUCAACCAACGAUCGAGUCCUAGUUGACCAGGUCGAACCGGCUGACCAACACGUUCAUGCUGCCCCGGCAGAAGUCAUCAGAAGGGUGGCUUGCCAAGUGGUAGGGGACUAUAGAAGAGCAUUCCACACCAAAGAAGACGUUGUGUCGAUAGGAAUGCUAAGCUCUGCAACUGCAGACUCUCUAGUCAAAGCCUUUGUAAAACGACGUCGACAUGUUCUUUUUAUAGAUAGCGAGAGCGAUUUGGUCACAAGAGGGACUUUGAUUCAGACCUCUCCAUUUCUUCAUGCAGUAUGCUGCACACAUGAGAUGAGAUAUACGCACCGGCAUCAGCCCGAUGCGUUGAAACACAGACAAGUUUACGAGCACGUGAGGGCAAUGUUGGGACAGGUGAUGCUCGCAAGUCCUUUGCACCUGGAAGAAAUAACCGGUGUUCUUAUAAGCUCGCUCUUUGCAGGGUCGCCAUCUUUUGAGGCGGAAUAUGUUGACAGUUGGCUUUUGAGUGGACAUUGUGCCCAACAAGCUAUGUUGUGCAUCCAGUUCUCAGACAUCAUUAAGCGAAAUAGUGCAGGUACUUCUACCAUGCUCGAUCUUCGUUCAAUGCGGCUCUGGGCCAACGUUUGCUUAGUGCACCUACAUUGGUCAGCUACUACAGGAAGGCCAUCGAUACUGCCAGGAUCCUAUCUCAGCCAGUGUAGAAAUCUGCUUAACUUUGAGCAGGCAACAAUACGUGAUGCAAUGCUGUUCGCCGAGGUAUCUCUGUACUGUACGCUUCAGCAGAAUGUCUGUGGACGGUAUGACUUUGCCAGUGAUGGCAGUUGUGAGAUGUUCACACCCUGGAAGCAGAAAUGGGGUUAUCUUCUCGAACUCCCUACAGGCCUGAUACUGAAUCUCAGUUAUUGGAUCGCAAACAUGAUCUUGGCUAAACGAUCUCUGGAUGAAAUUGAAGCUCGUGCCUUAAGCGCUCCGACAUCCGUCUCCCCACAAACACCCCACGGAAACACGGCACAAUUUCAAUCUAUACCGACAAAGGAUUUGCAAGAUCGCGUGUACGAAUUGAGUUUCCGAGUCACGCUAGCUUUCGUGGGGAUUCCAAGCACAAGCUCGGGAGACCUGCCCGAAUUUCAUUCCUUGUGUGUCGCGUACUCCAUGCUCAUUCUCUGUCAGUACGAUGCGUUGCCUUCUUCUAUAUUCAAGAACGAACUCUUCUCUGCCUUAAGCGAAGUAAAACGCCGCUGUAAUGGAUCAAAUUCAUAUUCUGUGGCAGUUGAGUUCAGUGCUGAAAGGGCUCUAGAGAGGCUCAGAACAGAUCCCCAUCCCGUUACCACAACAGAGUCGGUGGGACAACAAGCUCACUUCAAUGGCCCUCUUGUUCACUCUCAGAAUGCUGGAGCCAACAGGGCAAACGUGAAUAUCAAUGAGGCGGGACUUGAUAAUCUGGACUUCUUUUUCAAUGGCGGAUAUUUAGACAUUCUAGAGAUUGAAAAUUUCCUUCUCUAG